GAUGAGGGUUUAUGGAAAUUAAAUUGAUUAUGAGUUAUCAUUAUUUUAUUUCUUCAAACUCUUUUUGCUUGCUUUUCUUAAAUUGGAAAUCUGUUUAUUCCACUGGAUGCAAUGUUUUAAAGAACUUUUAAAGAUCUGUAAAAUAACAUAAUUUUGUCAUUUCUCGGUUUGCUUUGCACUCUGACACUGGGAGAUGGAGGGCGGCAGUCAGCUGAAUAAGAUGACAGAAGAUGAGAGGGGUCAGAUUAUCAGGCAUCUGCAGUCGGGGACCAAAAUGAUGCUUUAUCAGCAGAGGGCUGAGAAACUCACUGUCAAAGUCAUUAUGGAGUGCAACCAAGUGGCCUUGAUACGCUCUGAUGACAGAAUAGUCAGAAUGUUGGACAUGUCUGAGAUCAAAGAAGUACGCCAAUGGGAGACAUUCAAGGAUUUCAAGCAAUUUAUCGAGAACGAGGGAAGCAAAUUCCAAAGAAUCAUUUGGCAAUCUGACAAAGAUGUUCAGCAGGACAGCAAAAUCUGUUUCACCAUCUUCUAUGGAUCUGAGUUUAUUCUAAAAUCACUAAGUAUAAGCACUGAUUCAGUGGACGAUGCAGAAAAAUGGCUGACAGGACUGGAGUUACUCAGACAGGAGACAUUGGCAGCUCACACACCAGUAAUCAUACAGAGUUGGCUGAGGAAGCAGAUGUACUCUGUUGAUCAGACAAAAAAAAACAGUAUCUCCCUGAAAGAGCUCAAGUCUCUUUUGCCACAGAUGAAUAUUAAAAUACAAGGUGGACGUUUUCUGAAGGACACAUUUGAGAUGGUGGGAGCGAAGGAUUAUGUCCUGGAUUUUGAGAAGUUUCAUAAAUUCUACAAUCUUCUGAUGUUUGAAAACCAGAAGAAGAUACUAGAAGAGUUUGAUAAGGGUCCCGCAGCCUUCGUAAUGAGGAACACUGAUAAACCUGAUUCGUCUACAAUUUCACUCUAUGACUUUCAACGAUUCCUUUUAUGUCAGCAAAAAGAGGCUUGGGCUAAAAAUUGUAAUCAGGUACAAGAGUUGAUGACCAUAUUCAGUGAAGAUACCUUGAGGAAAACAUAUGACCCAAAGCUUACUAUUGGAGAGUUCCUUGGUUUUCUCUUCUCCAAAGAAAACUCUAUUUGGGAUGAGAAGUUCUCCGAGAUAUGUCCACAGGAAAUGAACAACCCUCUGUCUCACUACUGGAUCAACUCUUCACACAACACAUAUUUAACUGGUGAUCAACUGCGCAGUGAGUCAUCAACAGAAGCUUAUGUACGCUGCCUGAGGCUGGGUUGUCGCUGCAUUGAGUUGGACUGCUGGAAUGAUCAAGGGGAACCUGUAAUACACCAUGGUGGAACCAUGACCUCAAAGAUAAAGUUUAGAGAUGUGGUAAAGGCUGUCAACGAGCAUGCUUUUAAAACAUCCGAGUACCCUGUGAUACUGUCCAUUGAAGAACACUGUGGUAUACCGCAACAGAAAAUGAUGGCUGAGAUUUUACGGGAUGUGUUCCAAGACAAACUCCUGAACGAGCCAUUGGAACCAGAUGCAGAUCAACUGCCUUCACCAAACCAGCUGAAGGGCAAAUUCAUCAUCAAGCACAAGAAAAUACAAGAGAGUGAUCACACCAUUAAGCUUGAAAAAAGAAACAAAUCUGGGAAAAUAUCAUUCAGAAAAAUUCUAAACACUUGGAAAAUGCAGAUUGGAGAAGCUAAAAGAAGCAGUACAUUUGAGAAGGAAGGAGAGCUUGACAUUUGGGAUCCGAUUGAUAAGAGGUUUUACAAGCAUGACUGUGUGAUCUCAGAUAAUAAGCUGUACUAUUCUGAGGAGAAAAAGCAGGACGGUCCUGGGAACAUUCAGGACAUUUAUAAACAUUUAGAGUCACACCUGUCAGAGCCCUGGUUUCAUGGACGGUUGGUUGGCGGCAGACAGACCGCAGAAAGACUACUGCGUAAUUUCUGUGAAUGGAGCAAUACAAAAGAUGGAACCUUCCUGGUGCGAGAGAGUGACAUGUUUAUCAGAAACUACAGUAUCUCCAUCUGGAAGAUGGGGAGAAUUCAGCACUGUAGAAUCUUCGUUUCCCCGGAAAAUGGUCACACUUUCUUCCUCUUUGGAAGCAAGCUAUACUUUCCAAGUAUGCGUGUCUUGAUCCAGUAUUACAGACAAAACCGGAUUGAGGUCAAUGAAUUAAACCUGCACCUCACAGGUUUCAUGCCUCGGCCCAAAUUUGUGCCACCACCCCACAUAGGGUGGUUUUACAGUAACCUGAGUCGAGGUGAGGCAGAGGACUAUCUGCUGAGGAUCCCUCGAGAUGGAGCCUUCCUCAUCAGACAAAGAAAAGAGCAUGGCAACUUUGCCCUCUCCAUCAGAGUUGAAGGGGAUAUCAAGCAUUAUCUGAUUAACAGAGAUGGCAUCAAGUAUCUGUUGGAAGAAGACCAUACAUUUUUUAGCCUUGAGGAGAUGGUCAGCUAUUAUCGAGAGGAGCCUUUCAAUGGCAAGAUAAAGCUACGUUACCCUGUAACACCAGAAUUAGUGGAAUGCUGUGUGGAGGAUCUCUUGACAUAUGACAGCGAGCAGAACAGGGAGGUUGCAGAAGAUAAUCCUUUAGGUGACCAAUGUAAAGGUGUGGUGGACAUCUGGAACUGUAAUGUUGCAUGCAAAGCCAAACAUGCAAGACCCCUUGUGGUAAUGCUGUUGAAUAAGGAAAGUUUGAUGCUACUUGAGUUCACGUCGGAAAUCUUAGAGGAGGUGGAUGAAUGGUACCAGGUGAUUCUGAGCAUCAUCCAAAGAGAGCAGAAUCUGGAGAAAGCGAGAAUAAAGGAGUCCAAACCCCACAUAUCUGUUGAGAUGUCAGACCUGGUGAUAUACUGUCAAUCCAUCAAAGACAAUACUUUUGAAAAAUACAGCUACAAAGAGGUCCGCUCUGUUUCGGAAAAUAUGAUUCCAAAAGAAGACAACAUUCUGGAGUAUAACCAGAAAGCACUCACCCGUGUUUAUCCCUCCGCUAGCCGGAUUGAUUCCUCCAACUUUGACCCUUGUCCUUCAUGGAAAUUAGGUUGCCAAAUGGUGGCUCUCAACUUCCAAACUGCUGAUAUGUUCAUUCAGCUUAACAGUGCUCUCUUCAGUCUGAAUGGAGGGACCGGCUACGUACUUAAACCAGAGUGGAUGCUAGAUCCAACCAAGAAGAAGACAUCAAAACAAAACAUUAGAAUCAGAGUGAUAGCAGCUAGGCAUCUGCCCAAUCUGGAACACAUUGUCAGUCCUUUUGUCCAGGUUGAGCUGUGGCCAUACACAAACAGUAUAGGUCAAGCAGAAGACUACAGUUUCAAGACUACUGUCUGCAAGUGUAAUGGAAUGCAUCCAGUGUGGCUGGGCCCAAAUAAUCCACCAAAAUAUUUUGAGGUGUCUGAGCCAGACCUUUCCUUCCUGCGCUUUGUGGUUAGUGAGGAGGACAUAUUCUCUGACGCUAUGCUUAUUGCCCAGGCAACUUUUCCUUUUAGAGCUAUUCGCUCAGGAUAUCGGUCUGUCCCUCUGAAGAACAUGUUUGGUGAAAACCUGGAUCUUGCAUCUCUUCUGGUGCAUAUAGAUUUACAGUCCUGAAGUGGAGGAUUGAAGUCAACAACAAGUCUUACCCAAGAGGAAUUAACAGGCUUGACAAUGCCCAUGUGGUGAAAAGAAGCAUGUGGUUUAUUUCCUUUGCUGUGAAGGAGACAUUUAGCAGUUCUUUCCCCCUGCCCCCAGAUCACCAAGGAAUUGAUGUCAACUGGUGGACUUACUAGUAAAACAGUAAUAACAUUUUUGGGGAGGUACUACAGAGCAGCAAUCAGGAUGAACCGAACAUGAUCUUUAGCUAUUAUUUUAUAUUUUUCCAUAUAUUUGUGUUUAUUUGUCAUUUUUGUUGGAUCUAAUGAUCUAACUUGAGAUUUUAAAGGCAACCUGGGUGUGUGAGGCUUUUCGAAAGCAAACCUACAUCUGCUUUGUAAUUCAUUAGAUCUUUAUAUAUUUACUCAUGUACUUAUAUUGUUAUUUUCCUUUUUACAUUGUUUCUUGCUUUUGCUAUGCAUUAUUAUUUCAAUUUAAUCUUAUCAGGUGUGCUGUAUUGUCUUCAAAAUUUGGAGAUAAAUAGAGGUUUCCAUUUCAAGGUGUUUAACGUUACGGGACGAUGUUAUGAAGCAGUAAUUUUCCAUUGUCUUUGCUUGGUAUGAGAACAGUUGUUAAAUUUGGAUUAGUCGGACUGAGCAUUGAGAGAUGCAACUAAGAUUAUUCAAUAAACACAU